AGGGGGAGGUGGCGGCGGCGGCCAUUUUGAGCCGCCGCCGCCGCCAUUGGAGUGCCCCCCCCUUCUUCCCCCUUCGCCUCCUGACAGGAAAGGUUUAAGGGGGACAGAACCUUGGGAGGCCGGGCCGGGCUCGGGGGCCGCCCCGGGGGCCCGGGCCAUGGAUGUGCGCCGUCUGAAGGUGAACGAACUUCGCGAGGAGCUGCAGCGCCGCGGCCUGGACACUCGCGGCCUCAAGGCCGAGCUCGCUGAGCGGCUGCAGGCGGCGUUGGAGGCCGAGGAGCCCGACGACGAGCGGGAGCUCGAGGCCGACGACGAACCGGGGCGACCCGGGCACAACAACGAGGAGGUCGAGACCGAGGGGGGCUCCGAGCUGGAGGGGACCGCACAGCCACCGCCGCCCGGGCUGCAGCCGCACCCGGAGCCCGGCGGCUACUCGGGGCCGGACGGACAUUAUGCCAUGGACAAUAUUAUGAGGCAGAACCAAUUCUACGACACCCAGCUCAUCAAGCAAGAGAACGAGUCAGGCUAUGAGAGGAGGCCGCUGGAAAUGGAGCAGCAGCAGCAGGCCUAUCGCCCAGUAGAAGUGAAGACAGAGAUGAAGCAAGAAGCACCCCCCAGCUUCCUUCCCCCUGAUGCAUCUCAACCUAAGCCAGACAGACAGCAAUUCCAGAGUCGCAAGAGGCCUUAUGAGGAAAACCGGGGACGGGGGUACUUCGAGCACCGAGAGGACAGGAGGGGCCGCUCUCCUCAGCCUCCUGCUGAAGAGGAUGAAGAUGACUUUGAUGAUACCCUUGUUGCUAUUGACACAUAUAACUGCGAUCUCCACUUCAAGGUUGCCCGAGACCGGAGUAGUGGCUACCCACUCACAAUUGAGGGCUUUGCAUAUCUGUGGUCAGGAGCCCGUGCCAGCUAUGGGGUCAGAAGGGGCCGUGUGUGCUUCGAGAUGAAGAUCAAUGAGGAAAUCUCCGUGAAGCACCUUCCAUCUACGGAACCUGACCCCCAUGUGGUCCGCAUCGGCUGGUCUCUGGACUCCUGCAGCACUCAGCUAGGGGAAGAGCCUUUCUCCUAUGGCUAUGGAGGCACUGGGAAGAAGUCCACCAAUAGCCGGUUUGAAAACUAUGGAGACAAGUUUGCAGAGAAUGAUGUGAUUGGCUGUUUUGUGGACUUUGAAUGUGGCAAUGAUGUGGAGCUUUCCUUUACCAAGAAUGGGAAGUGGAUGGGCAUUGCCUUCCGAAUCCAGAAGGAAGCCUUGGGGGGUCAGGCCCUCUACCCUCAUGUUCUGGUGAAGAAUUGUGCCGUGGAGUUCAACUUUGGGCAGAGGGCAGAGCCCUACUGUUCUGUCCUCCCAGGCUUCACCUUCAUCCAGCACCUUCCCCUUAGUGAGCGGAUCCGGGGCACCAUUGGACCAAAGAGCAAGGCAGAGUGUGAGAUUCUGAUGAUGGUAGGCCUGCCUGCUGCUGGCAAGACCACGUGGGCCAUCAAACAUGCAGCCUCCCACCCCUCCAAGAAGUACAACAUCCUGGGUACCAAUGCCAUCAUGGAUAAGAUGCGGGUGAUGGGCCUACGCCGGCAGCGGAACUACGCCGGCCGCUGGGACGUCUUGAUCCAGCAGGCCACUCAGUGCCUCAACCGCCUCAUCCAGAUCGCCGCCCGCAAGAAACGCAACUAUAUCCUAGAUCAGACAAAUGUCUAUGGGUCUGCCCAGAGACGAAAAAUGAGACCAUUUGAAGGCUUCCAGCGAAAGGCUAUUGUAAUUUGUCCCACUGACGAGGACCUAAAAGACCGAACAAUAAAGCGAACCGACGAGGAAGGGAAGGAUGUCCCAGAUCAUGCGGUAUUAGAAAUGAAAGCCAACUUCACAUUGCCAGACGUUGGGGACUUUCUGGACGAGGUUCUGUUCAUUGAACUGCAGCGGGAGGAAGCGGACAAGCUGGUGAGGCAGUACAACGAGGAAGGUCGCAAGGCUGGGCCACCCCCCGAAAAGCGCUUUGACAACAGAGGUGGUGGUGGCUUUCGGGGCCGUGGAGGUGGCGGUGGUUUCCAGCGCUAUGACAACCGAGGCCCCCCUGGGGGCAACCGAGGAGGCUUUCAGAACCGAGGAGGAGGCAGCGGUGGAGGAGGCAACUACAGAGGAGGUUUCAACCGCAGUGGGGGGGGUGGCUACAGCCAGAACCGCUGGAGCAACAACAGCCGGGAUAACAACAACUCCCACAACCGAGGCAGCUACAACCGGACCCCCCAACAGCAGCCGCCACCACAACAGCCACCACCACCACAACCGCCACCACAGCAGCCACCACCGCCACCCAGCUACAGCCCUGCUCGGAAUCCCCCAGGAGCCAGCAGCUAUAACAAGAGCACCAACAUCCCUGGCUCGAGCGCCAAUACCAGCACCCCCACUGUCAGCAGCUAUAGCCCUCCACAGCCGAGUUACAGCCAGCCACCCUACAACCAGGGAGCUUACAGCCAGGGCUACACAGCCCCACCACCUCCACCUCCACCACCACCUGCCUACAACUAUGGGAGCUAUGGCGGCUACAACCCGGCCCCUUAUACCCCACCCCCACCUCCCACUGCACAGACCUACCCUCAGCCCAGCUAUAACCAGUAUCAGCAGGGUACUAUGUUGGCAAACCAGGAGACCUGGGCUUCAGUCCCUUACCACCCACCUGUGUGGCACCAGUAUGCCCAGCAGUGGAACCAGUACUAUCAGAACCAGGGCCAGUGGCCUCCAUACUACGGGAACUACGACUACGGGAGCUACUCCGGGAGCACACAGGGUGGCACGAGCACACAGUAGCCAAGGCGUUCCAGAGGCCCCCGGGAGCCCCUGCCGGCUUCCUCCACCAGCACCCACCUCGGCCCCCUCCUCUAUCCCCACUGGGUCCCGUGGUGCUGGGGGACGGGGUCAUCCCAGGGCUGCCUCCCUGCCCAGCCUCCCUCCAGCCCUCUGCCUCCCCGCCAAGGGGCUUCUUUUCCCCACACAGGGCCAGGCAUUUCUCUCUGGAUUCAAACAGGCAACAAUGACCUUUUAUUUUGUUUGUCCCCCCCCACCUCCCACUCCCUCUUCCCCUUCUUCCCUUCUUUCUUUUUGACUAAAGAAUCCCUCCCUCUUCCUUGGUCACAUGGUGAGGCUACAGUGACUGAGGGGAGGGGACCCCUUCCUUAUUCGUUCAUCCCACCUCUGCUCCAGCCCCUCAGCUUCCCAGCCCCUCCUGCAGUUUGUUGUAAAUUCUUCCAGGAGCUGUUUUACUGUCUACUUUUCAGGAUUUAAAAAAAAAAAAAAAAAUCACAAAAAUCAAAAACUUAAAAAAAAGAAAAAGAAAAAAAAAAACAAACCACGAG